AUGGCUUGCACUGUGGCAGGGGAGGCUUCGCGCCUCGUUCCAGAAGAGGAGUGGUCCUCUGGCGGUGUGAGGGUGCACGCGGCUCCCGCGCAGAGGCAAGUCGUCGCUCCCACUCACGAGGCGUACUCGUGGAGAAACUGUCUCUCUCGACGCCGCCGCGUCGCGUUUCCUUGUCUCAAUGCCCCCCCUGCUCUGUCCGCCCGAAGCAGCUGUUUGACGCGAGGCGUCUGUUCACGUGGAUCGGUGGCGCAGUCGUCAACUGCGCGGUGCGGACGUUGCUCCAACUGCCGCAUUUUCUCGUGGAGUCACCUGGAAGCUACCCUGUGGCUUGCAGGCCACGUUUUCGCCAUCGGAGCCUUUUACUACUGCUGCUUGAUUCCGUACUUCGAAGAGAAUCAGCAGUACGUAUACGGCCAGGUGCUCGUUCAUCCUGGGUCGUCGGCUGACUUGUUCACUGCGCGGUGCGCAGAGUAUUUCUUCUCUGCGCUGCGCCCGCUGCGCUUUCUUCUGCGGGUCCUGUACGCCGUGCUCCUCGUGCCCUUCGAGUUCCUGUCAAGCGUGCUUCCCUUCCGCUUCUUCAUCUACACGCCUGUGGAAUCGCCAGGACUCCCGCCUGUCUACGGAUCUGGUGUGCGUGAUGCAGCCCGUGGUCGCUCGUCGUACCUCCUCGAUCAGAGCGAUGGACAGUACCGGGAGCUGCGCAACGCGUUCCCGCUUCUUUUCCUUCUGAUGUGCGUCCACGGUAUCCUUGCGUUUUUCUUGAGGAAGUUCGCGUUUCGCUUCUUCUGCAGGCGCUACUCCACAGCUGCCCGCGGAGGGGCGCCUCACGCGUUUUUCAAGCUCUUGCGUCGCGCGCCACAGACCGCGAGCCACGUUUCGUCUCCGACAUGGUGCGUGGAACGCCCGUGUGGGACGCCCGGCUAUCGCGGGGCUUCAGCGGGAGACUCGCGCGCUGCCGCCGAAAGUUCGCCUUUGUCUGGGGGCACUGAUUUAGGAAGGCUUUUACACCCGCCUCGCUCGUCUGCAGCAAGGAGAGCCUGGAUCGCCACACAGCGUGUCCAGUGUGGCUUCGAGCUGCUGCUGGGCUUGGGGUUGGCAGCCUACCUGCAUUCGAUUCACCUUCUUGUUCUGCUGUUUCACGCUCUGUUGAACUACUCCUUCACUAUGCUGCUCUCCACCCCAGACUCUGCGGCGUCUCCGCCCUCGCCUGUCAUGACUUCAAAUGGCCAUUCAGUCGCGCCGCCGCUUCAGCCUGCCUCGCGCUCGCCCGCCUUCGCAUCCUCAGUCUCCUUCCUGCAGGCCGGCAGACACCUCUUGACAACUCACCGGUGCACUGUAGUGGUUACACUUAGUGUCGGUCUCCAUUUCGCCAUGCUCGUCCUCCACGGCCUGACGCCGCAGUUUUCUCUCGCCUUCAUUCAUCCCUCGCUGCUGCCUGUCGAGAUGUUUUUCUUUGCCUUUGUGCGGCCGCGCUACUCGCUUCACGACUGUGUGCGCAUGAUUGCCUUAAAGCUGCUGUCGUUCAACCUCGAUAAAGUUUGGGCCUACCAACUGCAUCAGCGCACGCUGCAGUCGCGGUCAGAGACUGGCAACAUUCGAGGGGGGGCGGAAGCCGCCAAAGCGAGGUGGGCGCCUGAGACCGGCGAACAGGAGAAGGACAGCAGCGAUGGAGGAGCCCGGCAUCCAUUGGGAAGCCACGCGCCAGCCGGAAUAGGCGAACAUUCUGCACGGCAAGCAUGCAGACCUGCUGUGCCUGAACUGUGCCCGAGCCCCUUCGACGAUGAGAGGUUUUUUCCAAGCGACAGCCCCGACAUCCCCUACAGCACCUACGGCUCCAUCGCACGGUAUCUCGCCUACGUGUUUUUCGCGCCGACUUACCUCGCAGGUCCGCACUUCACGUACAACUCGUGGAACCGCCAAGCUGCGUUUCCGUGGUGGGUGCUUCUGGGGCAUAACGCAUAUCUGAGCCCCUCUGCGGAGGCCGCCGAGAAAGAGACGGAUCUCGCACCGUGUGCUUCAACACCCAACGCGGAAUUCGCUGCCUCGUGGGAGGGGAAACAUUCGGAGCCCCGUUCUGAGCAGGACGUCGGGUGCGCACAUGCGAAGGGCAUGAAAGUCCUUCCUCGAGGCGUCUCGCUCUUGACGGCAUGCGCGUCGCGAGCGCUUGGGGUUUCACUAUCCCCUGCUUCUUGCCUGUCUUCCGCGUACCCUGCUGCCAGCUCUUUGGUAGAACAACACCACGCGGAAGCAGACCUGGAACUGCGCCCUCCCUCACUGGUUCAUCGCGAGAAAGGCUCUUCCGGCGUCGCUUCGGAACCUCCGUCUGCCGGCCUGAGGCUGGUUCAGGAUGAACGCGCGGCUGAGGGAGGCACGCGUAGGCCGGCGUCCGCGAGGGCUGGAGCAGCAAACGGAUGUUCCAUCGCCAAAACUUCCUCGCCACAGGACAAGGACGAGAAUGAUUUCUGCCCUUUCGGGUUAGGCGCUUCUCCGUACCUUCUGGAUAUGCCCACCUCGGUCUACGGGAAGCUGCUUGGCAGAUACGUCCUCCCAUAUUUCCUUCGAUGGAUUCUUGUUGUUUUGCUUCUGGAGCUCCACCUGCGCUACCUGCCGGUCAACGCCCUAGUGACGCAGCUGCGCAAUAUCUACCUGUGGAGAAAAAUGCAGAUCUGGCAGCUCUUCACAAUGAGCGUCUCGGUUCUCUGCUUCAUGUGGCUCAAGUUCCUUUGCCUGUGGCGCUUCUUUCGUCUGUGGAGCAUGGCGGCUGGAGCAGUGCCCCCAGAAAACAUGGUUCGGUGUCUGUACAACAACUACAGCACAGAGCAAUUUUGGAGGAGUUGGCAUCGGAGCUUCAAUUUAUACCUGAUUCGCUACAUGUACGUCCCAGUCAACAGACAGAUCCAGUCUCUCCUCGCCUACGGGCACGAGACUCAGAGGAAGACACCUCCCUCGGGAUCUUUCGGUCCUCGAAGCGGCGCCGAAGCAGCGACAGCCUCGCCGCGACAUCGCGUGGAAACUGCGGGAUGGUCUAAGCUCGGCGCGCGUUUCGUCUCGACCUUCCUUGUCUUUUCUUACGUGGCGCUUUGGCACGAAUUCAGCACGAACGUUUUCUUCUGGGCGCUGGGCUGCGCGGGCUGUCUCGUGCCUGAGGGGGCGCUCCGCUACUGGGCCUUCCUGUCUCCAACCGCCAAAGCAAUCGGGCGAGGAGACAGGGUCGCCGCCGCAGGAGGCAGGUGUGCUGAACGAAAUGCCGGCAAGCUGCAGCUUGACUCAGACGGCCCAGCAUGCGCCGUUCGCGCGAGGCACGGGGGGGCAAGCAGCUGCGAAACAGAGGACGCGGUGAGCGUGACAGUCGACGACGCGGAGAAUCCACGUGGAGGAGAGGACGACGGCAAGCGCCACCAGUUCUCAGGGGUUUUUCUAGCCAGCGGAGACAAAGAGGGCAGUCGCAGCGACAGAGAAGAGAGGCCUUUGCAAGCGGACGACAGACAAGGCAGACGAGGGGCGGGGUGGAAUCAGGGGACGACCCGCGUUGCCUCCGAAAGCGGGGACGAGCUUCGAGCGGGCGGCGCUGAAGGGGAGGGCAACAAACGACGGCAGAAGAGCAGACGCGAACAACGCCCUUCGGACGACUUCCUGGCGAGCGGGAGCGGCGACCAGCACAGAGAGGAAUACGGGCGGCAGCGAGGACGCAUGAAGCAGGCAAACCCCAGGCGACACAUCGCGGGUCUCGUCUCACCUCGCGGCCGGCCGGUGCUCGGCUGGGUCUCCCGUCUGUACAACGGGCCAGACAUACGAGGGAAGAUUGUUUUCAAGCACCUUUGUAUCCUCGCAGGCACCAUGAACGUCAUUUUGCUCGCCGUCUGCAAUCUAGUCGGCUACUCCUAUGGCGCCGAAGGAGUGGAGCUGAUCCUGCGCCGACUGAGGGAUGACGGAUUCUUCCUCUCGCUUCGCGCCCAUUUGGAGUUUCUUUUCAACUGCUUUUUUGCGGUACAAGGAAUGUUUGUCAUUCGAGCAAUUGAAGGGGGGCGCCACAACUUCUAA